UUUAGACACAUCUGCGCUUUGACACAUCUGCGCUUCGGGAUCUCGCAAAGCUUCGGAACGACAGUUUCGCGUCAGCCAUCCCUAUUUAUAAUCAAAUAAACACUCAAAUAGUUAAAAACAUAGUAACGACAGUUUUAUGUUGGAAUCGCACUUGGUUGAUAUCAAAAGUAUCAGAAGAUUGCCCUGAUCGUGAAAGUGACGAAUGAUCGUUUGCUCUUCAGUGCUGAGACUGUAAAGACCUGCAGCAUGGCCUGUGCACAACAAUCUGCUGCUGAGUACCUGCGAACAUGCAGGUGUAAACUAGUGACUCAUAUGGAAAACUUUCCUCUUAUCAUUGAGAAUCUUUAUCAGCAGAAGGUUUUUAAUGACCAUGAUGUUGAUGCUCUCAAAGCAGAGAGGACAGAGUUUGAUAAAGCCAGAUGUAUACUGGACUGGGUCAUUAAGAAAGGGGAAAUGGCCAGUUAUGAAUUACUCAAGAUUUUGGAUUUCACCCGGAGGAGGACUCUACAUCCUGAAUUACAUCAUUGGAUAAGUAUUUUCUCCUUCAGGGAAGAUGCAGAUAUGCCUGUCUAUUUACUUGGGACAAAGCCCUGUCAAAGCUACCAGAUACAGCUGAAGAAGAAAGCAGAAGAUAUCCUGAAGAAUCAAUGGCAACAGAACUGCAAAUAUCUGCAAAACAAAGCACAAGCAAACUUCAGUUACGUACCUCUUGUUCUAGAGACAGACGCUGUGGUGAAAACGGCUCACUGCAAAAUAAAAAUGAAGUGCAACAAAGUUAGAAAACUGAGGCCCAAAAAGCUGAGAUCUUACAUCCCUGAUAAACAAGAAGCACUUACACCCGAAGAUCUGCUGAAAUGGAAAGACAAAAACAUCCUGCUGAUUGGAAAACCUGGAAUAGGAAAGACGACAGUUGUCCAGCAGAUACUGAAAACUUGGACAGAAAAGGAAAAUAAAGAGCCAGACUACAUGUUUUACUUUGAUGAAAGUGUUUUGUCUCACAGUUCAAACCUUGUGAACUUAGAAUCAUUUUUGUUUGACAUGAAUUUAAAACCAAAUGAGAAAGACAGAAAAGAAAUAUUUCAAGAUAUUGAGGAAAACUCUGAGAAUGUUGUCAUUGUGUUUGAUGGCGUCAGUUCUGUGCACAAACAUUUCAUCCUGAAGAAGAUCAUGAACCAUGAACUUCUACCUGAGGCAAAGAUCAUAAUAACAUGCAGAUCAGAGCUGGAAGAUGAUCCUGAUGAUUUUGACUUACAGAAAGUGUAUGUUCAGGGAUUCAGUGAAGAGUCUAUCAGAAACUACUAUCAGAUGAUGUUGGGUCAUAAUCCUGAUCUUCUGAAUGUUGUGUUGAACAAUCAAGAGAUGUUCAGUCUUAGCUAUGUGCCAAUGUAUGCGUUCAUGACUGCAGUCUUCUUUCUCUUUAAAAAUGACACAGAGCUCCAACAUUCACACACAGUGACAGAAAUGUACAUCCACAUCUUCCGUGAUGCUCUGAAGAAACAUGGGAGAAAAACACUUGGACAAAUAGAUCAAUAUAUAAAUGAGAUCAAAGAGCAGCUUUAUUUCAUGAUGAAAAAUGCAUUCAGUGCGACUGAGCAGAAAAACCUGAACCUUCCAGAGAUCAGCGGUGAUCAAACAGACAUUUGUUCUGUGUUUCUAAAAACAAUCACAAUAAGAGACAGUCCAACAUCUGCAGUGACACACUGUGCAUUUCUUCACAACACAAUGCAGGAAUUCUUCUCCGCUUUGUGGCUUCUUGUGAAUCCAGAUGACAUUGAGAAAGUCCUGAAACUGUGUCAGACUGAGGAGAAUAAACACAUGAGAUAUGUUCUUCAUUUCCUCUGUGGACUUUUGGGAGAACAUAACAUCAAACUCCUCAAGAGUCUUCUCCCAGAGGAUCAGAUGAAGAAAACAUCAGAUUGGUUGAUUGAGAAACUUUUGGACACUUUCCUUCAGCCUCAGAAUGAUGAUACAGACAUUGAUCUUCUCUAUGUGUGUCAGUGUUUGUAUGAGCUUCAGUCAUCUAAAGCUUGUUUAAUGUUCCUGGAGAAGAUGAACCAUCAGCUGGAACCUGAUGUGAAUCUGGAUCCUCAUCAGUGUUGUGCUUUGUCUUAUGUGAUCAGUCAAUCCAGAGAUAAAGAGGUUUAUCUGAAUUUGGAGGACUGCACCGUCUCUGACACAGGAAUGAAGUUGAUUCUCUCCUGCUCACCAAAGAUCAGAAUUAAACUUUGUGAUGAACCACUAAAGGAAAUACAAUGUUUACUACAGUUCUUCCAUAAAGUAUCACAGUGCAAACAGAAGCAGCAGAAAGAUGAAAUUACAACAUCUUGCUGUUGCACCUACUUUGAUCCAAAUCCCUAUAAAAGACCAGAUCUGAACAGAGCACUGCUGGAUCUUUACUGUCAUGUAAAGGACUAUGAGACUGAAACAGGCAGGAGUUUCCUUCCAGCAUUACAGUCAGUUUAUAUACAGUCAGCACCUCAUGUCUGGAUUAUAAAUCUCUCAGAGAGAAAGACCUCCAUCCUCCUGGAAGUGCUGAAGCUUCAAACAGAGAAGAAACCAGUAGAGCUGAUAAACUGCACAGAUGAAGAGAGUCAAGUGAUGAGUUUACUUCACUGUCUGCCAUACAUCUCACAACUGAGAUUUCAGUAUAAUGAUACAAGCGCUGUGAUCAAAUGUGUGUUGAAACUCUUCAUUAAAGCAUCAGAAACUGAGCCACACACAGGACAUCAGAUGCUGAAACUGUUGACAUCAGUCUGCACAUACAGAUAUUUUCCUUAUGAAUGGAUUAAUGAUGAUGAUGCUCAGAGUGAUUUCCUGCUGGAUCUUUGCUCACAUGUGAAGGACUAUGAGAGUCAAACAGGCAGGAGUUUACUUCCAGCAUUACAGUCAGUUUAUAUACAGUCAGCACCUCAUGUCUGGAUCAUAAAUCUCUCAGAGAGAAAGUCCUCCAUCCUCCUGGAAGUCCUGAAGCUCCAAACAGAGAAGAAACCAGUAGAGCUGAGAGACUGCACAGAUGAAGAGAGUCAAGUGAUGAGUUUACUUCACUGUCUGCCAUACAUCUCACAACUGAGAUUUCAUGUUGAUAAUACAAGUGCUGUGAUCAAAUGUGUGUUGAAACUCUUCAUUAAAGCAUCAGAAACUGAGGCACACACAGGAGAUCAGAUGCUGAAACUGUUGACAUCAGUCUGCACAUACCGAUCUUUUCCUUAUGAACAGAUUACUUAUUAUGCUCAGAUGGAUUUUCUGCUGGAUCUUUACUCACAUGUGAAGGACUAUGAGAGUCAAACAGGCAGGAGUUUACUUCCAGCAUUACAGUCAGUUUAUCAGUCAGCAGCACCUGAUGUCUGGAUCAUAAAUCUCUCAAAGAGAAAGACCUCCAUCCUCCUGGAAGUGCUGAAGCUCCAAACACAGAAGAAACCAGUAAAGCUGAGAGACUGCACAGAUGAAGAGAGUCAAGUGAUGAGUUUACUUCACUGUCUGCCACACAUCUCACAACUGAGGUUUGAGUACAGUGAUGAUGAGACACAUCGAAUAUCUACAGUGAGGUUUCUGCUGAGGAUCUGUGUUACAGCUGUAAAUAAUGACAUCAAUACAGGAACAAAUUUCAUUUCUCAGCUGUCAUCUGUGUGCAGUUACAGAACCUUCCCUUAUCAUGAGAAAUAUAAUGAAGAUGUUAAAGAUUUUAUUAAAAAGAGCCAGAGUGAUUUCCUGCUGGGUCUUUACUCACAUGUGAAGGACUAUGAGAGUCAAACAGGCAGGAGUUUACUUCCAGCAUUACAGUCAGUUUAUCAGUCACCUGAUGUCUGGAUCAUAAAUCUCUCAGAGAGAAAGACCUCCAUCCUCCUGGAAGUGCUGAAGCUCCAAACAGAGAAGAAACCAGUAAAGCUGAGAGACUGCACAGAUGAAGAGAGUCAAGUGAUGAGUUUACUUCACUGUCUGCCAUACAUCUCACAACUGAGAUUUCAGUAUAAUGAUACAAGCGCUGUGAUCAAAUGUGUGUUGAAACUCUUCAUUAAAGCAUCAGAAACUGAGGCACACACAGGAGAUCAGAUGCUGAAACUGUUGACAUCAGUCUGCACAUACAGAUCUUUUCCUUAUGAACAGAUUACUUAUUAUGCUCAGAUGGAUUUUCUGCUGGAUCUUUGCUCACAUGUGAAGGACUAUGAGAGUCAAACAGGCAGGAGUUUACUUCCAGCAUUACAGUCAGUUUAUCAGUCACCUGAUGUCUGGAUCAUAAAUCUCUCAGAGAGAAAGACCUCCAUCCUCCUGGAAGUGCUGAAGCUUCAAACAGAGAAGAAACCAGUAGAGCUGAUAGACUGCACAGAUGAAGAGAGUCAAGUGAUGAUUUUACUUCACUGUCUGCCAUACAUCUCACAACUGAGGUUUUACGGCAGUUAUGAUGAGACACAACGAAUGUCUACAGUGAAGUUUCUGCUGAGGAUCUGUGAUACAGCUGUAAAAAAUGACAACAAUACAGGAACAAAUUUCAUUACUCAGCUGUCAUCUGUGUGCAGUUACGAAACCUUCCCUUAUAAUAGGAAAUGUUAUGAUGAUAAAAACCAGAGUGAUUUCCUGCUGGAUCUUUACUCGGAUGUAAAGGACGUUGAGAGUCAACCAGGCAGGAGUUUACUUCCAGUAUUACACUCAGUUUAUAAACAGUCAUCACCUGAUGUCUGGAUCAUAAAUCUCUCAGAGAGAAAGACCUCCAUCCUCCUGGAAGUGCUGAAGCUCCAAACAGAGAAGAAACCAGUAAAGCUGAGAGACUGGACAGAUGAAGAGAGUCAAGUGAUGAGUUUACUUCACUGUCUGCCAUACAUCUCACAACUGAGGUUUUACUACAGUGAUGAUGAGACACAACGAAUGUCUAAAGUGAGGUUUCUGAUGAGGAUCUGUGUUACAGCUGUAAAUAAUGACAUCAAUACAGGAACAAAUUUCAUUACUCAGCUGUCAUCUGUGUGCAGUUACGAAACCUUCCCUUAUCAUGAGAGGUAUUAUGAAGAUAAACUAAAACAGAGUGAUUUCUUGCUGGAUCUUUACUGUCAUGUGAAGGACUAUGAGAGUCAAACAGGCGGGAGUUUACUUCCAGCAUUACAGUCAGUUUAUCAGUCACCUGAUGUCUGGAUCAUAAAUCUCUCAGAGAGAAAGACCUCCAUCCUCCUGGAAGUGCUGAAGCUCCAAACAGAGAAGAAACCAGUAAAGCUGAGAGACUGGACAGAUGAAGAGAGUCAAGUGAUGAGUUUACUUCACUGUCUGCCAUACAUCUCACAACUGAGGUUUGAGAACAGUGAUGAUGAGACACAACGAAUGUCUGCAGUGAGGUUUCUGCUGAGGAUCUGUGUUACAGCUGUAAAUAAUGACAUCAAUACAGAGACAAAUUUCAUUACUCAGCUGUCAUCUGUGUGCAGUUACAAAACCUUGCCUUAUUAUGAGAACUAUCAGUCAUUAAUAGACUGGAGUGAUUUCCUGCUGGGUCUUUACUCACAUGUGAAGGACUAUGAGAGUCAAACAGGCAGGAGUUUACUUCCAGCAUUACAGUCAGUUUAUCAGUCACCUGAUGUCUGGAUCAUAAAUCUCUCAGAGAGAAAGACCUCCAUCCUCCUGGAAGUGUUGAAGCUCCAAACAGAGAAGAAACCAGUAAAGCUGAGAGACUGCACAGAUGAUGAGAGUCAAGUGAUGAGUUUACUUCACUGUCUGCCAUACAUCUCACAACUGAGGUUUUACGGCAGUUAUGAUGAGACACAACGAAUGUCUACAGUGAGGUUUCUGCUGAGGAUCUGUGAUGCAGCUGUAAAUAAUGACAUCAAUACAGGAACAAAUUUCAUUACUCAGCUGUCAUCUGUGUGCAGUUACAGAACCUUCCCUUAUCAUGAGGAAUAUGAGUCUGAAAUGAAACAGAGUGAUUUCCUGCUGGAUCUUUACUCAGAUGUGAAGGACUAUGAGACUCAAACAGGCAGGAGUUUACUUCCAGUAUUACAGUCAUUUUAUAAACAGUCAGCACCUGAUGUCUGGAUCAUAAAUCUCUCAGAGAGAAAGACCUCCAUCCUCCUGGAAGUGUUGAAGCUCCAAACAGAGAAGAAACCAGUAAAGCUGAGAGACUGCACAGAUGAUGAGAGUCAAGUGAUGAGUUUACUUCACUGUCUGCCAUACAUCUCACAACUGAGAUUUCAGUAUAAUGAUACAAGCGCUGUGAUCAAAUGUGUGUUGAAACUCUUCAUUAAAGCAUCAGAAACUGAGGCACACACAGGAGAUCAGAUGCUAAAACUGUUGACAUCAGUCUGCACAUACCGAUCUUUUCCUCAUGAAUGGAUUAAUGAUGAUGAUGCUCAGAGUGAUUUCCUGCUGGAUCUUUGCUCACAUGUGAAGGACUAUGAGAGUCAAACAGGCAGGAGUUUACUUCCGGCAUUACAGUCAGUUUAUAUACAGUCAGCACCUGAUGUCUGGAUCAUAAAUCUCUCAGAGAGAAAGACCUCCAUCCUCCUGGAAGUGUUGAAGCUCCAAACAGAGAAGAAACCAGUAGAGCUGAUAGACUGCACAGAUGAAGAGAGUCAAGUGAUGAGUUUACUUCACUGUCUGCCAUACAUCUCACAACUGAGAUUUUAUGUUGUUGAUACAAGUGCUGUGAUCAAAUUUGUGUUGAAACUCUUCAUUAAAGCAUCAGAAACUGAGGCACACACAGGAGAUCAGAUGCUGAAACUGUUGACAUCAGUCUGCACAUACAGAUCUUUUCCUUAUGAACAGAUUAAUUAUGAUGCUCAGAGUGAUUUCCUGCUGGAUCUUUGCUCACAUGUGAAGAACUAUGAGAGUCAAACAGGCAGGAGUUUACUUCCAGCAUUACAGUCAGUUUAUCAGUCAGCACCUGAUGUCUGGACCAUAAAACUCUCAAAGAGAAAGAUCUCCAUCCUCCUGGAAGUGCUGAAGCUUCAAACAGAGAAGAAACCAGUAGAGCUGAUAGACUGCACAGAUGAAGAGGAUGAAGAGAGUCAAGUGAUGAGUUUACUUCACUGUCUGCCAUACAUCUCACAACUGAGGUUUGACUGCAGUGAUGAUAAGACUGCUUUGAGGUUUCUGCUGAGGCUCUGUGAUGCAGCUGUAAAUAAUGACAACAAUACAGGAACAAAUUUCAUUACUCAGCUGUCAUCUGUGUGCAGUUACAAAACCUUUCCUUAUAAUGAGGAAUAUUAUGACUAUGAUGAUUACAUAAAAAAAACACAGAGGGAUUUCCUGCUGGAUCUUUACUCACAUGUGAAGGACUAUGCGAGUCAAACAGGCAGGAGUUUACUUCCAGCAUUACAGUCAGUUUAUCAGUCACCUGAUGUCUGGAUCAUAAAUCUCUCAGAGAGAAAGAUCUCCAUCCUCCUGGAAGUGCUGAAGCUCCAAACAGAGAAGAAACCAGUAAAGCUGAUAAACUUCACAGAUGAAGAGAGUCAAGUGAUGAGUUUACUUCACUGUCUGCCAUACAUCUCACAACUGAGGUUUGACUACAGUGAUGAUGAGACACAACAAAUGUCUACAGUGAAGUUUCUGCUGAGGAUCUGUGAUGCAGCUGUAAAUAAUGACAUCAAUACAGGAACAAAAUUCAUUACUCAGCUGUCAUCUGUGUGCAGUUACAAAACAUUCCCUUAUGAUGAUGAAUAUUAUGAUGAUUAUGAUUUUAUUAAAAUAAACCAGAGUGAUUUCCUGCUGGAUCUUUGCUCACAUGUGAAGAACUAUGAGAGUCAAACAGGCAGGAGUUUACUUCCAGCAUUACAGUCAGUUUAUCAGUCACCUGAUGUCUGGAUCAUAAAUCUCUCAGAGAGAAAGACCUCCAUCCUCCUGGAAGUGCUGAAGCUUCAAACAGAGAAGAAACCAGUAGAGCUGAGAGACUGCACAGAUGAUGAGAGUCAAGUGAUGAGUUUACUUCAAUGUCUGCCAUACAUCUCACAACUGAGUGGUGAUAAGCGCUGUGUGUUAAGUCUGGUUAAACUGGUUCAGUUCAGAGAGAAUCCAGAUCUGGUGAUGUCACUGUUUCAGGCUCUGGACUUCAAUCUCAGUCUGGAAGGAAAAUUACCCAGCAGCACCUGCAGGUUUGUGGGUGAAGUCUUACAUCUGUCAGCUGAUAAACUCACUUUCACUGUCAAACCUCAAGUCAUCUCUCUCAGAGGAACAAGACUUCUCUUCAGACGCAUCACAAACAUACACACACUCAGGUUGAGUGGUUAUAUGGUAUUGAGAAUAGUGCGGGCAUUGAGGUCUUCAGGGGUUGGAGCUCCUAUCAGUGUAAAUGAACUCUCACUUGAUCUGAAUGAUAAACAGCGGUCAGAGAUGGAGAUGUCCAGGGUUUUGAGCAGUUUGUCUUCUCUUCUGAGACUUUGGACUGUUCGGUGUUUAAACUUGACUGAAUGCAGGAUGAAGUCUCUCUCUCUAACUCUCCUCUUGUGUCAGCAGAGCCCAGCGACUCUCAGACUCUCUAAAGAAAUUUUCCAGACGCUGGCUGAAUGUGUGUAUGAAGCUCAAGAAGAGGAAGUGACUCUGUGCUUCCUACAGAAAAUGGGCGGAGAUUUGACUUCCUGUUCCUUCCCCUGGGAAAAACUUCACUAUUUCCUGCAGUGUGAAAUUCCAUCAAUCAUUCUUAACCUUAAAGAAAGAAACACGACACUCAACAUCAGAGAAAUACUGCCAUUUCUCAACAAGAUUCACUUUCAGCGGAUGAGCUCCACCUUCAUGUUGUGUUUAAUCCUAGAGAUCUAUGAGUCGAGAUCUUCAGUGUUUGUGUUCAGUCUGUUGAGUUCAGUGAAGAACUGCAUUAACCUGCAGAGCAGAUCGCUGGACUCUGUUCACUGCGCAGCCCUGCGCUUUAUACUGCAACACUGCACUGCAGUUACACUCAACAUGAUGUGGACCUCCAUACCAGAGGAGGAGCUAGAGAGCAUUCAGACUCUCUUCAGUCACGUCUCCUGCCUUAGUGUUGACAGACGGCUGUUAUUGAGAAUGAUUCACUGCUGCAGUUCAUCUGAUGUCCAGCAGGAGGCGUCAGUGGUUUUGCUCUCUGCCCUGCAGCACAAACUGGACUUCACCUGUGGUUCAGCACUGGACCUGACAGAAAACACACAGACUCUACAACUGACUGCUGAAGACUGCCGUGUGAUAUCUGCAGUCAUUCAGAGAGCUUAUAAAGAUACACAAACCCUCACACAGCUGAGUCUACACGACUGUGAGAUUAAUACAGCUGGAAUCCAUCAACUCUUCUCAGUUUUACACUCUGUUAAACUCCGCUGUGAUAAAUCGAUCCUGCUUCAGUUUCUCUCUCAUGUGGGUCCUGGGGAAGCUGAAUCUCUUUCUCAGGCUCUGGGUGAAGAAGUGGAUCUCAGUCAGACUCAGCUGGACCUGCAGGUCUGUAGAGGACUGGCGCUGGUUCUGGAUCAUUCUGAAGGUCUGACAGAACUGGAUCUCAGUCAGUGUCAUCUAACUGAUCAGAGUCUGGAUCUCCUGCUGCCAAACCUUCACAAAGCAGAAAUCAUUGAUUUUAGUGGCAAUAACAUCACUGAUGCUGGGGCACAGAAAAUCUACAAUAUCCUCUCUCAAUACAGUAACAUAAAGACAGUAAGGCUCUUCAACAACAGAAUUGAAUCCAGUGAGAUCCUCUAUAGAGACCCACGAUUUGAGAUCUGGUGAUGCCAAAAAAUGUCUAUUUUGGCUGGAAUAUAUGAGCCAGUUCUGCAUAAUCAAGAUAUUAAGAGUUGUGGGUACUGAUAAGGUAACAGGUGUCAAAACUGUAGUCGUUGAGAUUUGUGAUCACAUUUAUUUGGACUUUGUUUAUUGCUGGUUUAAGGGAACAUUAUUUUUACUUAAAUGCUAUCUUUUAUUUAAAUUCUAUCAUUUAUUUUAAUCUUUUAGGUGUUAAGAAUAGGUAUAGAUGUUAAUGCAGAUUUAUUGCAUUGCUUGUAAGUUGAUGACUUCACCGUGUUGGUGAAGCAAGGUCAAUGUUUAUUAACACUUGUGCAUUGUUCAAAUUCACUACCCUUUCGGGUUGUUCGUGUACAAAACGGCCACUAAAUUAAACGGCUGUUAAAAUUUAUCAGAUUAAUAUUUUUUUCUAUUUUUUUUUCAUAAAUCUGUUAAUCAACAUCGGAACUGAUCAAAACUACCAAAUGUUUGCAAAAUUUCAUGAUUUUAACUCUUAAAUGGCCAAGUUCAUAAGUGGUGUCACUAAUUUGGGGGGAAAAACACACAAAUUGACAGAUUUUCAAUAUAAAAAGUGUUUUUUGACUAGAUUUUUUUUACCUUCUUGGGCAUGCCAAAGAUCUGUAAAAACAUUGGCUUUGAUGCAUUUUUAGUUUUUGUGUAGCAUCGGUUUAUAUUUGUGGUUUUUUUUCAUCAAAUCAGUGACACCACAUAUAAAUUUGGCAAUUAAGGAGUUAAAAUCAUGGAAAUUUUGUAAGCAUUUGGUAGUUUUGAUCAGUACUGAGGGUGAUAUAUUGUUGAGUUUUUGAAAAAUGUCAAAUCAUUUUUCUCAAAAUAUGUGUCAAUAUAAGAUUUGUCACCAAAAAUCAUUCCAUUUGCUGAAACACAGAGAAAGUUGUGGCCAGGUUAAGACAUAAAAAAACAAAAAUGGCCUCAACAACCCAUAAGGGUUAAGAUCCCUUUCAGGCAUUUUGGAUCAGUGAUAGUCAAAAACACAACAGACCCAUACAGUAAAUUAAAAAAAACUGCAUAUAUAUAUAUAUAUAUAAAUAUAAUAAUUAAAAUUUCCUUAAAAGUAUCCUCAAGGCCAUUUAACAGCCAAAUAGCACAGAGGAUAAACGAGUAGUUAUAUCGGUUACUUUUCACCUUUGCAAGUUUGUAAGACGUUAAGUUUCCGAUUUGCCGUUUUUAUCUUAUUAUUUGCAAUAGUGUCAUUAUGUAGUAUUUCUAUAAGGAUGUGGUGUUGUUUUUUUAUGAAUGUAAUCAAUAAAGGUUUA